CUCUGCGUCAUUGUGAUGGGACCUUCUCUUUGCCUUAGAUGGUUUCGUUUACCUCAAAAAGUCAAAAAUCAAAAUCCUCACUAAAACCCUAACAUUUCCCAGAGCUUCGCAAUCGCUGUUCUUCAGUCUCGCUUCUUUGUAAACUGUAAAGGAUCAAGCUUUUCUAUUCAGAUCAAAUCCACUUCACUAUACCCUUUUUUAGUUUCGUUAACCCAGCUCAAAUCCGAGAUGAGAUAUCAACAAUGGCGAUUGAUGCUUCUUCGAAGCUACCAUCGUUCUCAUCUUCCUUAUCUAUCUCCUUGUUCUCAGGUAACCUCCAUUUCAUCGCGAUCUUUCUCUUCUUUCAUUCACCCUGGGAUCGGAGCUUUGCAACAAAGUGAACAACUUUGUCCCUUACGAUCCCCAAUGACGAGCUCUGGCAACUUAGUGAAAUCAGUGGGUCGAAGCUUCUCGUCCGAGCCUGCGGUUGAAGAGAAAUCUUCUGCUGAGGCUACCGUGAUUGAUAUUUUUAGUAGAUUGAGUGGUGAGGAUGAGAUUAGGAAGGAGUUGGAAUCGAGUGGUGUAGUGAUUAGCCAAGAUUUAGCUUUGAAGGUUUUGAGAAAGCUCGAAUCAAACCCUGAUGUUGCCAAAAGUUUUUUCCAGUGGAUUAAGGAGGCUUCUCCUGAGGAACUUAGCUCGAAGAACUAUAACAUGAUGCUGCGGAUUCUGGGUGGUAAUGGACUUGUUGAUGAGUUUUGGGGGUUGGUUGAUGUGAUGAAGAAGAAAGGGCAUGGUUUAUCGGCUAAUGUUAGAGAUAAAGUGGGUGACAAAUUUCAGAAAGAUGGGCUGGAGAGUGAUUUGCUGAGGCUGAGAAAGCUUUUUACUUCAGAUUGUUUAGAUAAUUCGGCGGAGAAUGUUUGCGAUAGGGUGUGUAAGAUUGUGAUGAAGGAAGAAUGGGGUGAUGAUGUAGAGAAACGGGUAAGAGAUUUGAAUGUUGAGUUUAAGAGUGAUUUAGUGAAGAUGAUUGUGGAACGUCUUGAUGUUGAACCCAGGAAAGCUUUGUUGUUCUUCCGGUGGAUUGAUGAGUCUGAUCUCUUUAAGCAUGAUGAGAAAACCUAUAAUGCUAUGGCUAGGGUUUUGGGAAAAGAGAAGUUUCUUGAUAGAUUUCAGAACAUUGUAGUAGAAAUGAGGAGUGCUGGUUAUGAAGUGGAAAUAGAGACUUAUGUUAGAGUUUCAACGAGGUUCUGCCAGACUAAAUUGAUCAAGGAAGCUGUUGACUUGUUUGAGAUUGCAAUGGCAGGUAGUAGUAGUAGUAACAACCCCACCCCACACUGCUUCUGUUUGUUGCUCAAGAAAAUUGUCACUGCCAAGAUUCUAGAUAUGGAUUUGUUUUCAAGAGCUGUGAAAGUUUAUACCAAAAAUGGUAAUGCUUUGACGGAUUCCUUGCUGAAAUCUGUCUUAAAGUCCUUGAGAAGCGUGGAUAGGGUUGAACAGAGCAAUGAGCUGUUGAAAGAAAUGAAGAGAGGAGGCUAUGUUCCUAGUGGUGAUAUGCAGAGCAUGAUUGCAUCAAGUCUUAGUCGUAAGGGAAAGAAGGACGAAGCUGAUGAAUUUGUAGACUUUAUGGAAUCAUCCGGAAACAAUCUAGAUGACAAGGCAAUGGCGUCUCUUGUUGAAGGGUAUUGUGAUUCCGGGAAUCUUGAUGAAGCUUUAGUGUGUUUCGAGAAAAUGGUUGGAAACACGGGAGUCUCCUAUGCUGAUUAUUCAUUUGAGAAGUUGGUUCUUGCUUAUUGCAACAAGAAUCAAGUAAGAGAUGCAUACAAGCUUUUGAGUGCACAAGUAACGAAAAAUCAACUGAAACCUCGUCAUAGCACAUACAAAAGCUUGGUGACGAAUCUGUUGACGAAGAAGAUUGCAAGGGAUGGUGGGUUUGAAGAAGCUUUGAGUCUUCUACCGAUAAUGAAAGAUCACGGGUUCCCUCCUUUCAUUGACCCUUUCAUGAGUUACUUCUCAUCAACUGGAAAAAGCACUGAAGCUCUCGGUUUUUUGAAGGCUAUGACCUCGAAUAACUUUCCAUAUAUAUCAGUGGUUCUGCGUGUAUUCGAAACUAUGAUGAAGUCUGCAAGACACAGUGAAGCACAAGAUUUACUCUCUCUGUGCCCAAACUAUAUCCGUAAUAAUCCGGAUGUUCUAGAACUCUUCAAUACCAUGAAACCCAACGAAUCUGCUGUAGAAAAACCUUUGGCUGCUUCUGCUUAGCUCCAGUUUUAGUUUACAUUCCUUCAAGUCUUUUUGGUUUCUGGGCAUUUGAUUCAAAUAAUUUGGCCAGAAUAUUUCCUGCUGUUCCCUUUUGUUUACAUGUAUCACUCACCAGUCACCAGUUAACUUUCUUCAUCAACCUGGUGCACUGGCAAAAUAAUUUUAAGGUACUAUGUUUUUUUAUAUUCCACUUGCUUAUCAUCUUAUGCUUCUUGGCUCUGCCAUGGAUUGUUCCGUGUAUCAUCAUUAUUUGUUAACAAGAUCUGUCUGUAACUCUGUUCUCUUUUUAACUUUUUCUCCGCACUAAUGUAUUGCCUAUUGAUCAGAUACUAGUGCUUGACAUUACCAAAUAUCAAAUUGGAAGAUCUUUGAUGUUGA